UUUCAUAAUUUUAAUUUUGAAAGUCUGACCUCAAAGAUACCAUUUUGGUUAAGACUCUUAGCUAAUAGAAAUCCAAGACUUUCGAUAGCUAUCGAAUCAGUCGUCAAUAUGUCGGGUUUCGGAAUUGCUCAUUUAAACAUUUUUCUUUGCCUACUUGGUUUUACUAUGGCCCUUGAUGACUCUCAAGCAUUUCACAUUAGAAUGCAAAGAGAGUCAUCACUUGACAACGACCAAAUAUUGGGAUCAAGUAAAUCGUCUCAAGCCUCCGACCUAGAGAAACAACCAAAAAUAGACGACCACAGGAAACAACACUUCAAAAAUCCCAGGAAGGUCCGUAAUAAUAAAAGAUGCUUUCAAGGCUGUCCAUUUGGUCUCGAAGACACACUAUUAGACUGCUCUCGUCCAUGGGGUUGGGGCCCGGGUCCUCUGUACCCAGAGUAUGGACCGCAUUUUCACCGCGGUUGGGCUGGACACGGAAGUCCAUUUGGAUGUAAUAAUUGUGGGUUUGGAGGUCCCUGGAGAGUUCCUGGUUGUUCAUGUGGCUGUAAUAACUACGGCUGGCGUUGUAAGUCAAUUCAAAGAUUGUUUUUACACUUUAAACCUAGUAUCUAUUUCCGUUCUUUACGAUAAUUAAAGGGGAAAUAUUUCGUUCUUAUAUCGAGUAACAUUUGACAAAUACAAACGCAAAAUUCUCCAUUUAACCUCAUAUGUUCGGAAAGCAACGCGACUGCUGACUAGCCAUUAGUGUAACUUCGUUGAACAUAAUUAUCAAGUUCAGUUACAUUCAUCUCCCUCUCUGACCUCUCACUAGGUUGUGGCCAAGGUGGUGGGGAAGGCAAUGAUUGUCCACAAUUUAACGACGGUAUUUCAUCCAACGGGAGACCACGACACGGAGGGGCUCCACCACUUUUCAAUCCCUUUAUUGGAAAUCAAGUGAAUUUGAAGGGUCCAUUUAAAAUGGGACAAGGCAAAAAGCUUCAACGACGACAGGAUAUCACUUACGGUACUACCCCUAAUUACGGAUAUGGAUGGGGAAAUGGAUAUGGAUGGGGGAAUGGAUAUGGAUGGGGACAGCAAUCGGUAGAUCAAGAUCCUUACCAGGGAACGUAUGGGAACUGGCAAGUUCCUCAGCAAGCUCAGCAAACGUGCCCAGACUGCCCGUUAGACAAGGUUGUUGGAAGUUUAUUCCUAUGGAGACCAAAGGGACCAACUAAACCAGUCAUGAAAGGAAAACCAGCCAAAACGGGGAAUCAAAAGCCUAAAAUGCUGGUUUAAAUACGUGAGAAGGUAUCACAAAGGACACAAGUCCAUAAAGGAUAAUGCCAUUUUAUAUAUACUGCAAUUUUUAACCCAAGAGGAGAACGUCAAGUUUCCUUCAGUUAUAUAAAAUAGAUUCUAGACAACGUUUCGAACUACUCUCGCUAUAUUCCUUUGACUAAAAACACAAAAUUUCAGUUGAGACCAGGUGCGUUCCAUGGAAAGAAAUGGCACUUGAGCAUUUUAUGGAAAGUCUUGAAAUAUCCACUGAUGAAGUUACCAGUGUUAUAAAACAUUU